CACAGUCGUACCAUACCCGGAAGUCAAGCCGCGGUCUUCUGUUUCGCGUGUUGAGAAAGAUGGCAACUCGCAAAGACCCUGCGCCUGGGGCCAGCCUGGAGUCCGCUGUUAAACAGGUCCAGAUCGAAGGCCUGGUAGUGCUGAAGAUUAUUAAACACUACCAGGAGGAAGGUCAGGGCAGUGAGGUGGUGCAGGGAGUGCUGCUGGGCCUGGUGGUUGAUGACCGGCUGGAGAUCACGAACUGCUUCCCCUUUCCCCAGCACACCGAGGAUGAUGCUGACUUUGAUGAGGUUCAGUAUCAGAUGGAGAUGAUGAGAAGUCUUCGUCACGUCAACAUCGACCAUCUGCAUGUGGGUUGGUACCAGUCCACCUUCUUCGGCUCCUUUAUGAGCCGAGCCCUGCUGGACUCUCAGUUCAGCUACCAGCACGCCAUCGAGGAGUCUGUGGUGCUAAUUUAUGAUCCCAUUAAGACAGCUCAGGGAUCCUUGUCCCUCAAGGCCUACAGGCUCACCCCCAAACUCAUGGAGAUUUGCAAAGAGAAAGACUUCUCUGCAGAAUGCUUGAAGAAGGCCAGUGUGGGCUAUGACAACAUGUUUGAGGAAGUUCCUAUUGUCAUCAAGAAUUCUCACCUUAUCAGCGUGCUGCUGUGGGAGCUGGAGAACAAAUCGACUGUAGUGGAAAAGCACGAGCUGCUCAGCCUCUCCAGCAGCUCUCAUCUCGAGAAAAGCCUUCAGAUGCUGAUGGACCGAGUGGACGAAAUGUGCCAAGACAUCAACAAGUACAACAACUACAGCCGCAGCCUGAGCAAACAGCAGCAGCAAAAACACCAGUACGUCCAGAGGCGUCAGCAGGAGAACACUCAGAGGCAGAGCCGAGGUGAGCCUCCUCUUCCUGAAGAAGAUCUCACCAAGCUGUUCAAGCCACCACAGCCUCCUCCACGCAUGGAUUCCCUGCUCAUAGCUGGGCAAAUCAACACUUACUGCCAGACUGUGAAGGAGUUUACUUCUCAGAACCUGGGUAAGCUCUUCAUGGCAGAGGCUCUCCAGGGCCAUGGCAGCUAGAGGACAGCAGACAAACCGCAUCUCCUGAGGCGAGUCCUGAAAUUGGUUAUGAGUAAAUCUCCUUUAAGUUGCCAACAAAAGAAGUCAAAGAACAGAAGGGAAAUUUGUCUCUUUUGGCAGAAAAUGUAUUUAGUAUGAAAUUGUUACAUGGAUAAAUGAUCAUGUUUAUAAAGCUAUAACUAAUGAUGUGCAUGGGUAUGCAUUUUUUUUAAUAUUUAUAUAGCACAUGUUUUAGCUUCAUUAUGUAACUGAUCCAUGACGAGAAAGCAGAAUUUCCCUCAUUUGGUUUUGUAAAAGGAGAAGUCAAUAAAUUUGAUAAUUAAAUGGAUUGUGCCUAACCUUUA